GGUUAGUUUACGCACAGGGAGGUACCUGAUCGAUCACGGGUCUCAUGAUCACAAUUAUGCAUAAUCGUGAAUACCUGUUGAUUAUUAUUAUACACCUAUUUAUAAUAUUUAUGUCCUUACCAACCAUAGAAGCUUACCCACCACCCGUCAACGUCUCUCCCAAGAAGCAACACGCCGGUCCAUGUCCUCAGCGCCGUUCAUCUUCCUCUCCCCGGCACUGCCCGCCGAGCUCCUCACUUACAUCCUGAGCUACCACACGUAUCCUACUACGCUGAUCGUAUGCGCCUCCCGGUCGGACUUCCUAGCGUCCCUUGCCGAUGAGGCCCGGCGCGAGGUCGAAGCCGGGGUGCCUUCGCCCCCAGCCGCCGGCGGUGUAGACCCGCAGCAGGUGCCGGAGGAGGCUACCGACAGCCGGACGGAGCAGCGCCUCGGACGACACCGCCUCGCGUCCGCCCCGCUGCAUCAGGUCGCCACGUCGCGGCACCUUCGCGUCGCCUUCGUCCCCACCGUGACGCACCUGCGCGCCUACCUCGCCGUCUUCUCGCCCGACGCCUCCAAGGUCCCGCCGCCUCCGUCCGCGCCCCAGGAGCAGCCGCGGCAGCUCCCUGGGAGAUGGCCCGCGCCGCCGCGCCUUGUCCUGUACGGCUUCCUCGCCCUGCACCACGACACGAGCGAGUGGAGCGCACAGGGCCUGGCCGACUCCGCAGCCGUCGCCGUCGAGCUUGGCCAUCGCAUGUCCUGGAAAGUCGUCCUCGUCGAGCCCCGGCGCCCCGCCACCGCCCCCGCCCCCGCGUUCGAGGACGUGCUCCGGGAGGCCGUUCCCAUCCUCGGCGGCGGUGGCCGUCGCGCCGGCCUCGGCUCCGAAGAGGGUCGCUGGGCCGGUCGCACCGUAGAGGUCGGCAGGGUCAUGAAGCGGUGGUUCCGCUUCCAGCGCGGGCCGUGGGAUGACGAACCAAAGAAGGAGGAGUAAACAAUGAAAGAAUGAGUGCAUCGAGGCGUGGGGUGAAAUUAAGAAACUCGGUCCCAAACGGUGGGGUUUUGCAGUAAAAUGAUGGGUAGAAUGACAUGUGUGGGUGUAUCUCUUCCCAGUGCCGAAAACAACCGCCAU